CACUUUGCUCAGGUGCAUUUGAAAACAAGUGAUUUUAAAGUCAAAGGACCAGUAGAACCAUUAACCGAUCACAUGUUUGUUACAACUUCGGAUUGUCUUUGAUACCAAGUUAAUGACUUUGCAACAGCAUUAGGAUGAUCGUUUGUGAUGGAAAACUUUGGAGAGACAAACAAACGUCUCACUUCGUCCUUCGGAUCUACAGCUCCUUUACUCCACUCUUCGUUUCACUUCAGAAUUGCCUCAUUUACAAGCAGUUUAUGCAGCUCGACUGACGUCAAUGGAGCGGUGUGUGAUGUAUAUAACCAUUGAGCUCCAGGAGCUCCACUCCAGUCUGUCUGCAAACACUCUUCCUUACAAGUACUUUUGAAGCAACAGAAGACGACCGAGAAGCGCUCGGCUGUGUCCAGCAUGAAGCCCGUCCCUUUGGUCCUGCUCAUUACUUCAGUCUUACUGACCACCCACGUCCCGCUGAGCACCUGUCGACCCCGCGAUGUGAGCCUCAUGAACAACCAGCUAGACGACGUGCUCUUAAACAGGGCUGGAGACGACGCCGUGUCCUACCUCGUGGGCGAAAAACUCCUUCAAUACCUGCAAAGAAACCUCGGAGCGCAGAAAGCAAGCGGUGUCCUGCACCUCCCGCACUUCCCCACGGCGCAGCUGCGAUCACCACACGAGGACAACAGCUUAGAGGAGCUCACGGAGUUUUCCAAACGGAACGACGACCCUCCGAUCUCCAUCGACCUCACCUUCCACCUGCUGAGAAACAUGAUCGAAAUGGCGCGGAUCGAGAAUCAAAGGGAACAGGCGGAACUGAACCGCAAAUAUCUAGAUGAGGUUGGGAAGUAGCUGUAGCUCAAUGAUGAUGCUUUCAAUCGGCGAGUAAAGAACAAGCUCAAUGCACUCUUUCACAUCCCCCAACUCUCGCUAAAGCAUAUGACAUUCACCGAUGCCUCCUGCUCGACCCACACUCUUAGAAAUAAAGGUUCUUCAGUGGUUCCUUGCCACUGCAAAGAACCUCCUUCUCCUUCUUGAGGUUCUUUGGAGUUCUUCAGAUCAGGCUAUUGGUUUCUGGGUUCCAACAUGAACAACACUUGUGGCAUCAGGGUUAUGUGGAACCUUUAUUUUUAAGAGUGACAUCUAUCUGUUCACCAGAAGAGUUUCUGGUGACCUGCUGCUGUCUCCAUCACCUCUGGACCAUUUCGAAACCAGGAACCACAAAAGCCACAACAGACCUACCGGGACCUUGAAUCACUGCCCAUGGCAGGGUGGUUCGCAUGUAACCAAAUCAAGAAUCGAAUCAACCUACAAUUGACUGGUGCCCUUUGAGUGUUUACAGUUAUUGGCCUCCUAAUUAAACUCCUUAAUUGGCAUCUAUGGUAUAAAGAAUCUCUAACAUUUAUAGUGGUUCUAUAGAUUAAUAAAAUGUUCCUCACACUAUGAACGAAAUGGUUUGACUAAAAGGUUCUUCGGGGAACCGAAAUUGCUGUGAAUUGCUGUUGAAAACCCUCUUUAUUUUUCUUAAAACAUUAAGAAGUAUUACUAAACUAUUACAAGUCCUGCUAAUUAUUAUUGAGCAACCAGUUCAAUAGUAUAAUAAUAGAGUUCGCAUCAGUAUCGCUCACUUGAAUGAGAGUUGUUCUCAAUGAAGGCCAUCGUAAAGAGUCAUUUUUGUUCUGCUGGUUUGGUUGCACCCUCUUGCUUUGCCGACGAGAGUGUUCCCAUGCUAUACUUUGGUAAUAAUGCCAAUAUUUACCAGAUGCUCACUGUAUACUAAGUGCAAAAGUAUGUUCUCCUUACAUGGUGGGAAACGAUGAUCUGUAGCACUUCAACCAAGAGGCUUACCCACAUUUUGUGACAAUAAUGUUGGACAAUAUUACAAAGUGCUUGAGAUAUACUGUACAUUGUAUAUUGCUUAUCAUUAUGUAAAUUACAUAUUAUAUUGCACCUAAAUGCAUAAACAUGACUUUGUAUUUUGAACAUGGAUCUGCAGAAAUAAAUGAGACUACAUGCCUUUUACAAGUAACUGCAAACAU